AUGCUAACAGACCGACCCCAGAAAUCUCUUGGUCCCUACAAGUUACCGGAAGGUUUUCAAAGCAAAGUGGUGGCACCUCGCAAUCCAAAGCUGGUCAAAGAAGAAAAGAAGAAGGAUGCUCCUUUGACUCCAUCUGCUUUCCUGAAAGCGAUGUCUCUUACAACGGAGCAGAAGCUGGCAAGCACCCACGAAGUGCACCUGCCUCACAUCGUUCAGCUUUUAGACAUGAGUGAAACCUCGCACCAGAAGUUCUCUUCAGUUGAUCUGGACCAGACUCUGUUUCAGCCAUUCCCAUCAGAAGUGGUUUUCCAGAAUUAUGCGCCUUGUGAGCUCUAUGAGGUGCCACUGAUUCUCAGGAACAACGACAAGAUCCCCCGGCUGGUGAAAGUUGUACUGGAGAGUUCGCCUUACUUCAGAGUCGUAAGUCCCAAUGAUGUGUGUAACAAAGUUGCACCUGGCAUGCUGUCUACAUUCCGCAUCCUCUUUACUCCUGAAGACAACAAGGAUUAUUUCCAUGAAGUAACCUGCAUUACUGAAAGGGAAAAAUUUAUUGUUCCUAUCCGAGCGAUUGGUGCCAGGGGAAUUCUGGACUUCCCAGACCAACUGAAUUUCUCCAUCUGCCCCGUCAAGUACAACACACAGAAAACGCUGCUUGUUCGCAACAUUGGCAACCGGGAGGCCUGCUACCAAAUUACCACGCAGAGACCUUUCUCUGUCGAACCCUCUAUCGGGACCCUUGGAGUAAGUGAGACUGAACAAUUUAUUGUUGAAUUCCAGCCAGAAAAGAGUGGCAAUCACCAUGAGGACCUUGUAGUGCAUUAUGACACAGGGGAAGAUAUUCAUGUGAACUUAUAUGGAGCUGCUGCAGAUGUCAAUGUGAGACUGGACAAGAACUCCUUGACAGUUGAGAAAACAUAUAUCACUUUAGCAAACCAGAGGUCGGUGGUUAUUCACAAUCGGAGUGAUAUCAUUGCACAUUUCCAGUGGAAAGUCUUCGCAGCACAAGAAGAGGAAGAGCAGAAGAAACAAAGCCUCUGCUAUACACUCCAGGCCGAGGAAGAAUGUGUGCGUGAUCAGCUUCUGGUGGAAUGUAAUAUGAAUCCUGCCCUUCGUGAACAACUCUCCAUUGUCACCCGCACCUUUCAGAACCGCCAAGCAAUGGUGCAUGGAGACUCCAUGCUCUUCAACCAUAGCAUCUUCACCAUUGAGCCACUGGAGGGAGAUGUUUGGCCCAAUUCCACAACCGAAAUCAGUGUGAUCUUCAGGCCGCAAGAAGCCGGGAUUUAUCACCGAACGGUCUACUGUGAUAUCUCAGGCCGAGAGACCCGGCUCCCUCUGCGCAUCAAGGGAGAGGCGGUGGCCCCCAAGCUGUCUUUCAACUUUGACCAGCUGGAUGUUGGGAAGAUUUUUGUUGGAUCAGCCCACAGUUAUGAGGCUGCCCUCUCUAACCAAGGAGCCAUCGAUGCCCUCUUCAACCUGGUACGGCCAUCCACUGCCCUGGGCUCCUGCUUCACCUUUCAGCCCAACGAAGGAAUCCUUGAGCCAGGGAGCCACCAGGCCAUCCAGAUCACCUUCAGCUCCACCAUGCUGGGACAUUUCUGUGAAGAGUUCAGAUUCAAUGUGAAUGGAUCUCCACAGCCGGUGAACUUAGUGAUUAGGGGCUGUGUCAUUGGACCGACAUUCCAUUUCAAUGUCCCAUCCCUCAAUUUUGGCGAUGUUUCCUUUGGUUUUCCUAACACCCUGUCCUGCUGCCUCAGCAACACAUCCUUGGUGCCAAUGACAUUCAGCCUCCGAGUGCCAGGAGACGGCCCUGGAGAGCCAAGUGUCCAGAGUCACAACCAGGCCUCUGAUAUCUCAAGACCCACAUGGAGAAAGGCCUGCUUUGGAUACACAAAACCCAUGGAGUUCACCAUCACUCCCAGCCGUGGUACAAUCCGUUCCCAAGGGCUCAUGGACAUUAAGGUGACCUUAUGUUCCAACACCGUGAAGACCUAUGAAACAGCACUGGUGGUGGACGUGAAGGGUAGUGGAGAAGAUGUUCUAGCACUCCCAAUUACAGCAAGAUGCAUCUCACCUCUGCUGCAUGUGGCUAACCCCAUCGUGGAUUUUGGACGCUGUUUUCUGAAGUUCCCGUACCAGCAGAUGGCAAAACUUGUUAACAGCAGUGAUCUUCCAGGGUGCUAUGGUGUUCUUCCCCAGGAAUAUGAGAAGCUCCCACCAAUCUUGCAUUCCAGUCCUGUGCCUUGUGGUGUUAUUGAGCCUCAUUCCUCUGUUGAGAUCCCCUUGGCUUUGGAGGUCCAGGAGAAAGGACCACAGGAGGCAGUGGCCCACAUCGCUGUCUUUGGGAACGCAGACUCCCCACUGAAGAUCCAGCUGGUGACGUUUGGUGAAGGCCCUGUUGUUUAUGUACAUCCUGCUAAGCUUGAUUUUGGCUGCAUAGAGGUUUUAAAGGAUGUUUCCAGGUUGCUCUACCUUUCUAAUCAGUCUGUUAUUCCUGCACCAUUUGAGGCACAGAUGGCCCAUGCACAUUCGCUGUGGAGGAUCGUGCCAAGCAAAGGGGUCGUCCCUCCAGAGGCAGAGAUAUCGCUCACUCUAAUCGCUAACCUGGAUGACACGGUGCUGUUCCAGGACAAAGUCAACCUGGCCAUAGAGAACAGCAAUUCCUACAUCAUCCCCAUCCAGGCCACUGGCAUUGGCACCACCAUUGUCACAGAUAAGCCGUUCGCACCAGCUAUCAACCUGGGACCCCACUUCAGCUUGGAUCCCUGCUGCUAUCACUUCAAGAUAACCAACCGUGGGCGUCGUGCUCAUCAGCUCUACUGGAUGACUGAAGGCUUCCCCCCAUUUCGCCAGCGCAACACCCUCCCUGCCAUCAGCACUAACAAAAAGAGGAAGGCGUCUCACCCAACAGCAGAACCCCACGUCCCAGUGUUUAAGCUUCAGCCACUGAGGAUGGAACUGACCCCAGGAAAGAGCAUGGACAUGACCCUGGAAGGAUCCUCUGACACCCCCAAGGUUGUAAAGGAGAGGUUGCUGUGUCAUGCCAUCAUUGGGAAGCAGUCUGGGAAGGAGUGUAUCAUGAAGGUGGAUGUCAUCUGUGAAUUCAUUGCACCUGUUGUACAGAUUUCCUCUGGAGAGAUCACUUUCUGUGUGGAGAAGCAUCCCAAUGAAGCUUUAACUGCACAAUAUGAACCUCUGACCUUGAAGAACGUUUCCUCUUUGCCACUUAACAUCCGUCUCUCUUUACAAGAACCCUUCGCCCUCUGUGACACUGAUCAUGAAAUACUGCCAGCCCCAGAUGAGCCCUUAACACUGGAUGUUGGGGAGAUGCAUCAUCUUUGCAUCAGGUUUGACCCCCUCUAUAGAGAGGACCUAUACAAUCGCGUAUCAGAGGAAGUCCUGACUAUGUGUUACCUGGAGCAUCCUCAUGUAGACCACAUCCUCCUCCAUGGAGAAGUGCAUUUUCCAAACCUCCACUUCCAGACUAUGGAUCUGAAUUUUGGCUGCAUCUUGAAUGAUACAGAAGUCGUACGUGAUAUCGAUAUGACAAACUGCAGCCCCCUCCUGAUAAAAUUCCAGUGGUCCUUCCUGACAGAUGAUCGUGAAUUCCUAAUCAGGUUCAGCCCAAGAGGAGUUAAACCUCUAAUUGAACAGGAAGAUGCAAAAGAGCAGGAGCUGCUGCAGCAGCAGCCGCAGACAUCUACAAGUCGCAGCGACAGCAAAGACUCUCCUGUACUCCCAUCUGCUGGUAAAGCAGAAGAGGAGCUUCCAAAGGACAUCCAGGCACAGGACAAGGAAGAAGUGCUGUGGCGUGUUGAACCGGAGGAGCAUCACUUGACAGGCGUGGAAGAAGUCUUUGACAUCAUGCCCCUGUACGGAGUGCUGCAGCCCAACGAGACCCACCCGAUGUCCUUCACCUUCUAUGGCCACGCUGACAUUGUUGCCUGUGUAAAAGCACUCUGCGAAGUGGAAGGGGGCCCCACCUAUGAGAUCCUGCUGCGUGGUGAGGCCUCGCUUGUGAGUUACGCCUUUGACAGGAAGGAGGUGGACUACGGACUCCAGCCUUUUGAUCAGAUAAGCAUGGCUGAGAUCACACUGAGGAAUACAGGGAAAGUCGGAUUUGAGUACUCCGUGAUUGGCAGUAUCCUGGCUUCCGCCGACAGCCCUCUGCCUGGAGUGCCGCUGACCCUGCCCGUUGCUAGUUAUAUUGAAUCAGGGAAGGAGCAGGUGCUGAAGGUCUAUUACUUGCCUGGAGUUCCUGAGGUCUUCCAAAGAACCUUCCAAAUCCAGGUGGCCCACCUGGAACCAGACAGCAUCACCUUGAAAGGAGAGGGAGCCUUCCCCAGAAUCUGCCUGGAUCUACCCAGAAACAUGAGAGGAAAUGAGCGGUACAGCAUCCUCCUCCAGGAAGCAAAGGAGCGGAUAGAACAGGAAUCCCACAAAGAUUCCAUCACUAACUCAGAGCCGGUGGCUGCUGACCCACCCUUUGACACGCAGCUGCAGAUGGAAAUGGAGAGGCUGCUUGUCCGGGAGCACGCCCUGGAGCAGCAGAAGCUGCUUGGCUGUGACCCCAUGGAGGACUCCGCCGCCAGCCAGCGGGCUCGCCGGAAGCUGGUCAAAGCACAACUACCUGAGUACAUCUUGGACUUUGGCUACAUCAUCCUGGGUACCAUACGAACCCACAUUGUGAAAAUCACGAACACCAGUCAGUUCCCUGUAUCCUUCCAUGCAGACCGACGGGUCCUGCGGGACACAGGUUUCCGUACUGAACUGGAUCGGGUGAAGAACCUGCCUUUCUGCGAGACAGAGACAUUCGACGUGCAGUUUGAUCCCCAAAGUGCGAACAGGCCCCUCGGAGAGGUGGAAGUGCGCCUUCCCAUCAAGGUUCUGUCCGGGCCCACGUUCCACGUCUCUCUCCGCGCCACGGUGAUUAUGCCCUCCCUCUGCAUGUCCAACGACUAUCUGGAGUUCUGUGCUGUCCAGUGUGGGCAGUGCCAAGUGGAGACCAUCCAGCUCCAUAAUCAGCUGCAGGUCACGUGUGAGUGGUUUGCCACCAGCAGCGAGCAAAUGAAAAAGGUGGACAAGCAUAUGCCAGCUACCUUGCGGCGGAAGAUGCACCACAAAUUAAAGAGUAAGCCCCAUGUUUUUGAGAUGAUACCUCCCUACGGGAUCCUGGCACCUGGAGAGCGACUCAAUGUGCAAGUCAAGUUUGCACCAAGCGAAGAGAAAUUCUACCACCACUACUUGAUUCUGAGCAUUUCCCAGAGCACUCAGCAACUGCGGCUGUACGUCUCUGGGCAAGGUCUGGAGCCACGCCUGGAGUUCAGUCCGUCCAUUCUGGAGCUUGGGCCCCUCCUGCCUUACGCCCUUGGGGACGAGGCUGAAGUGGUGGUGAAGAACCCCUGCUGCUUCCCCAUUGAGUUCUACUCCUUAGAGUUUGACCAGCAGCAUUUGCUGGAAGAACGGAUUCUGCGUAUGUUGAAGGGCUAUGACACCCAUAAUAUCCUUCUCCUGCCACCUCGCAUCCCUGGAGAGAAGCUGCCUCCUGAAGUGCUGGAAUAUUAUGAGGAACAGAAGAAGAUUCAAGGCGAUCAGGAGGCCAUUAAUCAGGAUAAUGAAGAAGAAGAAAGCACUCACAUCUCUGAAUUGGGGAUAAAGGCUCAUCCCUCCAGUACUGUGCAAACUUCGUCGACUGGGGCCUCCAUCCUUCCUUCUCUUUCCCAUUAUGAUGAUAACCGAGCUUUCAGGGUGGAAUCCAAACUGGAUGAGGAAGAGGAAGAGGAGGAGGAGGGGACCGACAAAGGGCAGCUGCAAGCCGGAAGUCAGCAGAGCAUCCACAAGCACAAGGAGGCCGUGGGGGAGCUCGACAACAACCCUGUCUCCAAGGCCAUCGCGCGCCACCUCGGCAUCGACAUCUCUCCAGAAGGACGGGCUGCCAGGAACCGCAGGGGCAUCGCCAUCGUGAUCCACGGAGCACCCCUCACAGGAAAGACCAGCGCAGCUGUAGCCUUGGCCAAGCACUACAGUGCUGCAUGCUUGUCCAUUGAUUCUGUCGUCUUGGAAGCCAUCUCUGAUGGGAGCAGCUCCGCAGGGCUCCGUGCACGGGAACUCUGCAUUCGAGCAGCCAUAGAGCAGGCCCAGCGGGAAAAUGAGGAUGGCGGAGCUGACGGGCAGCCGGCUCUGGGUACCAGGCUGAGUGCGGAGGCCUUGGUCAAGCACACCUCUGAUGGCAGCCAGCAGAGCUCCGAGUCCAAGACAGGCCCGCUCUCGGCCAUCUCCAGAGGCUACAGGGGAAGUACAGUGACAGCAAAGGGCAAGUCCGAAGGCCACACAUCGCAGAAGCAACAGCAGCAUCAGCAGCAGUCUGACCAGCCUGGAUCCCAGGUUCCAUCCAGCCCCAUUCCCAGCGCUCCUAUCCAGCGGCGCCUUAGCCUCAGUGCCAGCAUGGCGGGAGAGUAUGGCCUGAUGAGCUGUGUGCUUCCGGAGGAGCUCUUGGUGGAGAUUCUUUCUGAGCGGAUGCAGCUCAGCGACUGCUAUCGUGGCAUGGUGUUUGACGGGCUGGAAACCAUGUUUGCCCGCAGCCCGGUAUCAGCGCUCCUCUGCCUACUCAAAGCGAUCAACAACCGGCGUUAUAUCUAUUUUGUGAACCUGUUCCAGGACUUUGUUGCUAUGAAAGCCAGAGAGAAAAGCAAGCAAGAGCAGGAAGAACGGGAACAGCAAGAAGCCAUAGCAAGAGAGAAGUCUCGCCUCCAGGAGAUGGACGAAGAGGAGUACGAUGCCCUCACUGAAGAGCAGAAAAUCCAGUUUGAUGGCGAACUGUUGCAGGCACUCCGUGACCGGAAGAAGAGGGAGCUUGAGAAGCUCGCUCGAGAGCUGGAGGAAAAGAAGCACCAGCAGGAAUUGGAGCGCCUGAGGGAGGAGGAGGAGAUGAAGAAGAAGAGCAAGCGGUACAAGCGGGACGCAGGGAAGGAGAAAGAAGAGGCUGCUGGGAAGAAGGGUCAGCAGGCAGGCAAGCAGAAUGCCCCCUUAUCCGCUCUCAAGUCUGACGGGAAGCUGAACGAAGGCAUCGAGCGGAAACCCUCCGCAAAGGAGCGCCCGGACACGAGCGUCAAUGACAAGGAGGAGAAGAAGAAGAAGAGCAGAAUGGCCCUGCCGAAUGGGCAGCAAGGGGCCACCGUGCCCCCAGCCCAGGAAGACGAGGACGCCGAGAAGGAAGUGGGGAGUGAGAGCGAGAAGAGCUUGGCGCAGCGGUUCAAGCUCUACGAGGCGAUGCAGAAAGAGAUUCUGCAGGUGCUGGUGUUCUGGGACCGAGCUCAGCUGAUGUUGCUGCAGCCGCCAGGCCCCGAGGAGAAGCCGGAGGAAGUUGAGGAGCAGCGCCAGGCCCCGUCGGGCCGCAAGGGCAGGAAGGACAGGGAGAGGGAGCGCCAGGAAAGGCUGGAGAAGGAGCGAGCGGAGAAGGAGCGCCUGGAGAAGGAGCGAGCCGAGCGGGAGCGCCUGGAGAAGCUCAGGGCCAUGGAGGAGAACCGAGCAGCGGGCCAGGAGGGCGGCGGCGGCGGCGAAGGUGCCGACGGGGACGUCGGAGUCCCGUGCUUGGAAAUCCAGGUGCUCAGCUCUGAGGAUUCCAGCGGCAAGAGGGUCCUGGAGAGCGGCAAGCUGCCCGAUGUCAUCCAGGUCUUGAAUGGUUUGGGUCUGGGUCCUUCCGGCGCCCCCAUCCCCCCCACAGCCUUCUUCUCUGUGAUCCCUUACCCAGAGAAGCGGACAGUGCCAGUCCCCGGGGAGGCGCUCAAGCACUUCACCUUCCUUGCACCUGAAGAACUGAUUCUGGAGGAUGAGAAGAAGGAUGCUGAGGGCAUUGCAGAGGCAGCUGCCAAUCUCCCUCCUGCAAAGGAGGAACAGGCCACCCCGACUCGAGGCAGGUCCAGGAAGGAAAGAUCGGAGCUAACCCGCGAAUCUUCGAAGGAUAAGAAAGGCGCCGCCCGUGCCAGGAAGGGUCCCCACCCUAGCACAGGCACCGUGGCAGCCCUUUCCGAGCUGGAUCAGGGUAGCUUAACAGGGGAACCGUCCAGUGAGAAGCUCCUCAGGCUGAGCUGUUUCCGUUGGACUGUCCCUGCUAAUGGAGAGGUUUCAAUGCGCCUCCAUUUUGCCUCCACCACAACGGGACUGUUCGAUCAGGUCCUAAACUUUGAGAUCCUGGGAACCCGGCGGCAGUAUCAGGUGUACUGCAGGGGUACCUGCACCUACCCAACCAUCUGCCAAGACCCCACGAUCGUGUUCCCCCACCGUAAGAAGAGCAUCAAGCCAGAUGAAGCCAUCUUCAAAAAAUACAUCAUGAGUCUGGGUUUGUUCCACUUUGGCCCCUUGCUCUGUGGGAAGUCAAGGGAAAAGUACAAGGCAGCACGACACCCCAAUCACUUUGAAAAGAUAACCAUCCUCAACAUCUCCCCUUUGGAGGCCGAAGUGCAUUUUUUCUUCAAGCACGAUUCCAAGGCAAUCACUUACCUCUUGGACCCACCCAGCUUAACGCUGAAGCCCAACGAACGACAGGUGUUGACCGUCUGGGCGUAUCCAACAGCCGCUGGGGUAUUUGAGGACAGCAUUGUCUGUUGCGUUAAAGAGAACCCGGAGCCCGUCCUCUUCCGGGUCUGCUGUCAAGGGGUUCGCCCUGAGCUGGAGCUGGACCGGCGGCAGCUGCAUUUCGAGAAGCUGCUUCUGCACAGAAAGGAGACCAAGUCACUUUUCCUGAAGAACUUCACUCCACUGCCUGUAGCCUGGCGAGUCAGUGGUCUGGAGAACAUCGGUGAUGACUUCAGUUUGUCAGAAGAUAUGGGCAUAAUUGAGCCCUUCUGCGAGUACUGCCUGUUGGUGAACUUUAAGGCCACAAAGGUGCUCAACAUUAAGAAGGCCAUUCGUUUGGAGGUUUCAGAUGCAGAAAACAUUCUGGGGAUUGUUCAGAUUGAAAAUAUACAAAUCAUUGCUGAGGCCUACGAUGUUGCCCUGGACAUCAGCUUCCCCAAAGGUACAAACGGUGGCUUGGAGUUUGGGGCUGUGAAAGUCAUGGAUGAAGUGAAGCAGUCUCUGUCCAUGAAGAACAAAGGCAAAUAUGAGAUUGCCUAUAGCUUGGUGGUGGAAUCUACAGACCAUGGGAUGACCAACCUGAGCCCGCUAUUCUCCAUCCAUCCCCAGAAGGGGAACUUGGGUCCCAGCGACCGUCCCACGCAGGUCCAGAUCGUUUUCCGCUCCAAGAAGGAAGUGAAAGUGGAUGACAAGCCGCUUCUGCAGUGCCACGUUAUUGAGCCCAACGUUUGCGAAGGAGGGGAGAUCAUUGCCACUAUCCCCAUCCGAGUGUCCGUGCAGUCCAUGUUCACCAAAUACAGCAUCACCCCUCCGUCACUCAUCAACUUUGGGCCCCUGGUGAUCGGCUGCCGGAAGACCAACAGUUUCACCAUUGAGAACAGAGGCGCCCUCGAUUUUAAGUUCGGCAUCUGCAGAGUGGUCCGAGAUGUGAUGAUCCCACUACGGAGAGGGAACUCCCACAUCAAGAACUCCCGUUCUCGCGAGGCGGACCUCAGCCGGCAGAAUGCUCCACUGGGCAGGCAGAGCAAGCGCGCAGAAUCCCUGCAGAAGGACAUGACCCUGGCGGUGCAGGCUCGCUUCUCCCUGGGCAUGUUCACCGUGACCCCUGGAUUUGGAACUGUUGCUCCUGGAGGCCAUCAGGUCAUCACCGUGGAUUGCUUGGCGGAUCCAGCUGGGAAGUGUGAGGAAUACAUGAUCAUUGAGAUAACAGACAGAGACCCUGAAGACAACCCUGGUGGGAUUCCAUACACGCUGGCUGCUGAAUCAUGCAUCCCAGGCUUCGUGACUGACAAUGUAGGGACCAUUUUUGAGGAGCAUCGGAUCUGCAGCAGCAGCAGCCUCAGUCAGGUGCUGAAGACCAUCGGAUGCGAAGGUGUGUUUGUGACGGAUGAGAACAAGUUUAUCUUUAAUAACGUCCUGGUCGGGCAACAGGCAGCCGCCCGCUUCAAGGUCUGCAACACUGGCCGGAUCCCCUGUGAUGUCACUCUUGCCACGAAGCCCAUCUCUGCCAAGUCCACGCUGCGCAUCAGCGACAUCUUUGAGCUCCACCCGGUGCGGAUGUGCGUCGGCAGCCAUUCGCAUGCCUUUGCGACACUGACCUUCUCGCCGCAGACCAUGCAGAAUUACCAGUGUGUUUUUGAGGCUUCCAUCGAUGCGAUGCCCAGCGUGGCUGCCAGAUCAAGAAGUUUGUCGUUUGAGGUCACUGGGGACGGCAACCUGCCUCGGAUCGCCAUUGUGCGCCCCGUGCUCCACAACAAGAAAGGGAACCCGCUUCUGCUCUUCAGGAGGCUCCUCUUGGGACAUACGGAAACUCUUCCUCUUGUCCUUAAGAACAGUGGCAGCAUACUAGUCCAGCUGUACCUCGACAUGUCGGAUGAAAAUGGUGCUUUCACUCUGAAACCCCGGCCCACCACCCAGUGCAUUUAUGUGUCUUCUCAGAAUGAGGACAGUGAAUCCAGCGAGGGAGUCAGGAGACCUCACACAGCCUCCCUGGUCUUGCGCAAUGGGGAAUCGGCAGAAUUUGACGUGGUUUUCCAGCCCAGCCUGCCCCAGCAUCUGGAAGGGAUGAUCCACCUCUCUAUUACGGACAACCAGUACGAGGAGACCAGCAUCCAAAUGCUGGGCGAGGGCUACCAGGCCGACGUCACCCUGGACAGCAUCCACAGCCUUGUGAUAGGGAGCGAUGUGGAGAAUGCGGAGGGACCCCUGGAGAACACAGUGGAGGCUGCCAGAAGGGAUUGUGUCCAGUUUGGGGACUGCCACGUUGGGAAGCCCUACCAGGCAACGCUCACCAUAACCAAUCAUAGCAAGUCAGACGUGAUGCGAUUUGAGUGGCCUGCUUCGGGCCCCUGUCAUUUCUCCCCACAGGUUGGCCAGCUCCAUGCAGGGUGCACCAAAAACAUCAUGCUGACCUUAAAAUCCAGCAUCCCCAUCACCCUCAAAGAGCAGCUGGUAAAGUGCAAGGUGACCAAGAUUGCCUUCCCACUGCCUGCUGACCAGGUGCCCGACUGGGACGAUCGCCUGCACACGGUCAAGUGGGUGGAUGUCUCAAAGAACGUCACAGCCACUCGCCCAGCAAAGAAGAAGGUGAUAGAGACAGACCCGGAACCGGCUCAUGUUACUUUGGAAGAGAGCGCUCGAGAGCUAGAGCUUCGGGUGAGCGCCACCGUGGACUACGCCCAGUACAAGAUGGAGUCGGAUCCCGUGCACUUUAAGGAUACGCUGCUCUUCCAGACCAGGGUGUUCAAAGUGGAGCUGUCCAAUGUGGGGAAUGUGCAGCUGGAAUACUCCUGGAAGGUGGUCAUGGAGGAGAGUGGAAGGGCUGUCAACUUUGCUACAGAGCCCUUGCCAACCAGCCCGGAAGGGGAACAUCCGUCUGCCACAUCGGCUGCUUCCAUCAAGGUGCAGUCCAGCCGGCCGCUCAGCCAGCUGGAGAGUGGGAUGGAGAGCUUCUCCUCCUGCACGUUCUUCUUGCCCCCCCGGCCCCCGUUCUGCCUGGAGCCCAGCAGCGGCGUCAUCCCUCCUCAGAGUUCCUGCUUCCUCCAAGUGAAAUUCUCUCCCCAGGAGCUUGGAGACUUUGAGGGCCGCCUGCUCAGUAGCAUUUCUAACCUGAAGCCGGGAGAGGAAGGCCCGGCUGUGGCCGUGAAGGGGAAGAGCCUCCUGCCCUAUUGCCAUUUUGAGCUUGAAGACUCUGAUUACAUUACAGCAAACCGACGCAACCCCGACUUGCGAGGUCCUGGGGGGACGAGCCUGGAUCCCAACACAAAAGUUGUUGAAUUUUCCUCAGUGGGGGUGGGCUUCAGAAACACCAGGAGCUUUGCAGUCAUGAACCCCACCAACGCCCCCUACUCUUUCCAGUGGAGCUGUGAGCAGCAGGAAGAGGGGCGAGAGCAGGCGGCCUUCAUCUGCUUCACUGAGCGGGGACAGCUCCGACCAGAGAGAACGGUGGAGGUCAUAUUUGAAUUCAUCCCGCAACAUCUGGACAUCGCUGAAUCCUUUUGGACCUUCACAAUCCCUGAACACAACAUUUCUGUCCCGUUCCUCUUGGUGGGGCACACCACGGACCCUACUGUGGCGAUGGACAGGUCCCACCUGAACUUCCGCUCACUCCUGAUCGGACAUGAAGUUCAUGAGAGCAUCGACAUCAUCAAUGAUGAGAACGAGACCUACAGUUUUUCUUUCAGAGAGAGCUCCCGUUUUUCAGAGGGGCGAAUCAAUUGCCUGAAAGUGCAGCCUAUGGAAGGCUCAAUCUCACCUCGUUCCAGACUUCCUAUUAGCAUCUCUUUCAUGCCAACACUGGAAGGAGAAGUCAACUUUAAUUUGAUCUGUGAUGUCAAGAGGAAGAUCCAGCCUCUCUUCUUGAACGUCAAAGCCACUGGCCACACUAUGAAUGUAUCUGUGAAGUGUGAGGAAAAUGAUGGUCUGGUUACCGAGUUGGACCCUGACCAGCUAAACCAAGUGCACUUUCAUGAGAUGCAAGUGAAUGAUUACGCUCAAUGUAAUUUCUAUAUUCUGAACACUGGCAAGUUCAAUUUCACCUUCUCAUGGGAGUUCUACAAUGCCAAAGCACUGCAGCGAUAUUUUGCCAUCUCCCCAAAUACUGGCAUCGUGGAAGCCGGGGAGCGAGCGGAGGCCGUGCUGUCAUUCCAUCCGCUGAAGACGUGUACUUUGAAGGUUGAGCUCAAACUGCAGAUCAGCCAUGGCCCUGUGUUUACUUGUGUGCUGCAAGGCUCGGUGGUGACUCCCAGCAUCCAUUUCUCCGUUACCAAAGUGGACUUUGGCAACUGCUUCAUCUACCAUGCUGGGAUGCCCAUUUCCAAACGGAUCCUUACGGUCACAAAUAAGGAUGCCAAGCAGACAAGCCUGGAGUGCUUGUUUCCCAACACGGCUCACCUUGAGAUUGGUUUCCACACUGAAGUGCUGAGCGCUGGAAGGAAGAUGGAGAUUCCCAUCAGUUUCUACCCCCGAGAGCCCAUUUCCUACCACGAAGUCAUCACCUUUGAAAUCAAUGGGCUCUUGCAGCGGAAUAUUGAGGUCUUUGGGAAAGGCAUUGAGAUGAAGAUUGAUGUGGUGGAACCUUGCAACAGAGUGCUGAAAUUUGGAGCGAUCCCUCCAGGACACGUCGUGAAGAAGGCAGCCACGAUAGUCAACAACAGCGCAGCCUCUGUCACCUUCAACCUCAGCUUCGUGUCCUCUGCCCCAGAGUUGCAGGAAACAAAGGUCCUCACCAUGUCUCCGUCUAGUGAAGUCACCCUGCAGCCCAACGGAGGCUCCUGCCGCGUGGAGGUGACGUUCAGCCCAAAGAGCCGCGUCUUGCCAUUCACCGAGGAAGUCUUACUCGACUGCCAAGGGAUUCUGCGCACCCUCUUCGCAGUGCAAGGCUGCUGCCAAGGCAUUGAAAUCAGCCUGGACCAGGAUCACGUCCCCUUCGGAGCAGUGGUGCUGCGGAGCCAGGCUUCCCGACGGAUCACCGUGCAGAACACAGGGGACAUCGGCGUAGGGUUUAAAUGGGAUGCCAAGCGCUUCAAACCAGACUUCUCCAUCAAACCUGUGGAGGGCUACGUUUCCCCAGGAAUGGACGUCUCCUUUGAAGUGACCUUCCACCCCUGUGAACAAAGUCAGGACAUCUGCUAUGAGAACCUGCAGUGCCAGAUCCAAGGCAGGGAGCCGCUGAAGCUCACCCUGAGCGGAUGCUGCGUGGGAGUCCCCCCCAUCAAAGAGGUGGUGAGUUUCACGUGCCAGGUGCGUGCGAAGCACACGCAGGUCAUCCUGCUCUCCAACCGGACCAACCAGCCCUGGACCCUGCGGCCCAUCAUCGAGGGGGAGCAAUGGAAGGGGGCUGAGUUCCUGCGGGUAGAAGCCCACCAGCAAAACAAGCCCUAUGAAGUCACCUACAGGCCCCUGGCCAUGAAUUCAGAGAAUAAGAAGGAUCAGGGCUCCAUCUUCUUCCCACUGCCAGAUGGGACAGGGCUACUGUACCUCCUGCAAGGCACUGCAGAGCCUCCCAAAUCCGCGGGGAAUAUCAUGAGGGAAGUUCCAUGCAAAACACCCUACACGGAACUGCUUCCCAUCUCUAACUGGCUCAACAAACCACAAAGGUUCCGUGUCACCGUUGACUUGCUAAAACCGGAACGGCUGGAAGUCACCACCACACUGAAAACUCUGGACUACGUUGAAGUGCCUGCCUCUGCCAAGAAGGACCACAAGCUCGCUUUCUUCUCUUACAAGGAAGGCAUGUACAGUGCCAAGGUGACCUUCCGCAAUGAAGCAACCCAGGAAUUCUUGUUCUACUUGGUCACGUUUAAGGCCAUCCCGUGUGGCCCGCUUGGCACCAUUGAACUGACGACCCCCGUCCGACAGAGCACGUCUUCCUCCCUGAAAGUGGAGAACCCUGUCCACUAUCCAGUGACCUUUAAUACCGACUGCAAAGUCCCCGACAUCAACCUGCCACCGCAGUUCACUGUCCCUGCUCAGUCUGAGGGAGUGCUUGUGUUUGAGUUCCAGCCAAUGAGGCCUGGAGAAACAAGCGGGCGCCUGGCCUUAAAUAGCAAUGAGCUGGGCUCCUUCCAGUAUGACCUGAUUCUGAAAGCCACCCCUGCCCGGCCAGAGAGGGCACUCUAUUUCUGCACCAUGCUGGGCAGCAGCCAGAACAUAGUCACCAAGUUUGUCAACUACACUCGCCAGAGAACAGAGUAUACUACCAAGAUCGACUGCCCAGACUUCCAUGUGGACAAAGUCAUCAAUGCUCCUCCAGGAUCUCAGGCAGGCACUGAGGUCAGUGUGGAAGUGACCUUUGAACCCUGCCAGCUGGGAGAAGCCAGAGGAACCCUUGCCCUUUCCUCGGCCACCGGAGGCGACUACAUGAUCCCUCUUUUUGGCACUUCGGUCCCCCCCAAACCGCAGGGGCCCAUCCAGAUCAGAGCUGGCACCAGCGCAGUCAUCCCCUUCAAGAACGUCUUCAUGCAGCCCAUGGCCUUCACCUACAUCGUGGAGAACCCAGCCUUCACCGUCAAGGCCAUGGAGACAAUUCGCUCUAAGAAAUCCGCCACGAUCACUGUCUCCUUUGAAGGGAAUCCCUCUGGCAGCAAAGCCCCUGUCACUAGCAAACUGGUGGUCUCUUGCCCUCGGGCAGCUGGGGUGGGCCCAGAGGUUUCCUGGGUUUAUUACCUAAAGGGUGUCAUGCCUGAGAAGUGAAUGUGUGGAGAGCCAUGGGGGUCUGUCUCACUUAAGCAGUGCCACCAAGGAUGGGAGGUCCAAACACCCCAUGCACCUUCGUAUCUGAGGCCCCAUCACAGACACACUCCUUGCUGCCCUCAGUAGAGUGGGGCCUUCAAUAUCCCCUCUGUACCUUCAAAAGGAGGGGGGAGCCCUCCACGAACCUGCCUAGGACAAGCAGGGGAACUACAGGACGUAUUCUGCAGCACUUGCACAGGAAAGAUUUCUGCGUCUUCGUGUGUAAGGAGGACAGCACACACCAUGCCAGGAAUGUCUUACCUACCUUUAGAUUGUUUCAUAGAAAAGUAGUCCACUGAGUGAGUGAUUAAAGGCUGCAGCCGAAAGUGUUACCUGGAAAUGUGCAGGAUGAACUCAAGCCUUACAUCCAUGAUCAGA